CGCACACACACACACACACACACACUGGAAUGCGAACAGCAGUGGGGAAGACAAAAGCAGAGAUAAGCAAGGUUUCACGGCAGCCUGGAGGGAAGGCUGCUGAGAACCUGACACUUUCCAGACCCCAGCCAGCAUGGUUGUCCUGAAUCCAAGGACUCUGGGAAUUUAUCUUCAGCUUUUCUUCCGCUUUGUCGUGUCUCAGCCUACUUUCAUCAACAGUGUCCUCCCAAUCUCAGCAGCCCUUCCUGGCCUGGAUCAGAAGAAGCGGGGCAGCCACAAGACAUGCUGCCUGCUGACACCCCCUCCGCCCCCACUGUUCCCACCACCAUUCUUCAGAGGGGGCCGAAGUCCGCUUCUCUCCCCAGACAUGAAGAAUCUCAUCCUGGAACUGGAGACCACACAGUCCCCGUGCGCCCAAGGAUCGCUCGGCUCCCCUGGGCCUCCUGGCCCCCAGGGUCCACCGGGGCUUCCAGGCAAGAUAGGACCAAAGGGAGAAAAGGGGGAGCUUGGCCGACCAGGAAGGAAGGGUAGACCUGGCCCCCCGGGUGUUCCUGGCAUGCCUGGGCCCGUCGGCUGGCCUGGCCCUGAAGGACCCAGGGGUGAAAAAGGUGACCUAGGUCUGAUGGGCUUACCAGGGUCAAGAGGACCAAUGGGCUCCAAGGGCUACCCCGGAUCCAGAGGGGAAAAGGGAUCCAGAGGUGAAAGGGGUGACUUGGGUCCCAAAGGAGAAAAGGGUUUCCCAGGAUUUCCUGGAAUGUUGGGGCAGAAA